AUAAAAUAACAACGCAUGAAGAUGAGAAGCACAGCUGAGAGAGCCAGCAAGCAAACAGCAGGCAGAAACCAAGUGCUGUGUCUGCUGGGAAAGAUGCCAAAAGGUGCUUUUACCUUCAUUCGUCUUUUAGUGUUCUUACUCAGUUUCUCCACUAUGUGUCUGGGGGUCUUGUGCAUUUCAACGAGUUCUUCUACCUGCAGAUGUGGAAAUAAUGAGCUGGCGUUUUAUUGCCUGUUGGCUUUGGGGUUCUUUCUCCUUGUGGCUGGCAUUUUCUGGAGCACUUUCCAUGAAGUCUUGAAAUACAGGGGCCUCAGCAGCAUCUUCAUACUAAAUCCAAGCCUUAGAGAGCUACGUGUCAGCACUACAGACAGGCCUGAUUUCUAUCCACCCCCCUAUGAGUACAGCACAGAUCCUGAAAAACAGACCAGCCCAUUGCCAGUUGCCUCUGCACUAAAACAGCAAGAAGUCUUCAGUAUCCCUCCACCUCUGUAUAGUGAAAGCAGCGCGGAGUUCAUCAGUGAAACCAAUGAGCAGGAACAGCCACCACCAUAUGAAUUGCUUGCGCAGCAGCUACAGCAGGAGCAAACAGAUGACCAAAAGCCAAAACCUGAAGGGGAGUCAAAUACUCAUCCAUUCACACAAGAAAACAGUUACCAACAGGAUGCAGACAGACAGGGGACCUCAGAAAGAGCAACGGCUGUCAAAACACCUGAGACAGGCAGCAGUCAAAGUCCUGCAGCUGUGAAACAAAGAAAACUGGAAGAAGACGUAUCAGUGAUCCCUAAACAGUGCACCAUGUAGGCUAAAAUUGCCCAGGAAAACCAUUGACUAUUUGUGUGUUUGAGUGGAGGUGGAGGGGAUAUAUAUACAUGUGUUCAGUAUUUCAAAGCAGAAUGAAUCUCCAUAGAGAUAGAAAUGAUGAGGCUGUAUCUUGUAACAGUGAACAUCACUGGCAAUAGGAAUUUCCUAUGCUGCAAGAUAAAAGCAUCAUGCUGUAAUUAAUCUUAAAUGUCUUGUGCCUCAAAUGGAGUUUUGUCUGAAAGUCUUUGUGGUUUUGUAACAUUAGCUGACUUGGGAAACCUACUAACUCAGCUUUUAUUUGGAAAUUGUAAAUUAUAUUUUUAACUGAUUAUUUUUGUAUCAUAUGCCUUCCAAGUUACCUGGUUUAUUUUGGAAUAGUAACAGCCGGUAUUUUACCACUGAAUUCAUGAAUAAAUUUUGUAUUUAAAACA